AUGCCGAAAAUAGUGAAUUUAAGAGUGGAACAACUUAAAACGCUGCUGCGUGAACGGGAAAAACCUACGACUGGUUCUAAGGCAGAACUAGUCCAGCGGUUAUGCGAUUUUGAAAACAGUGACGAAAUAAAUAUGGACGAAAGGUGUACAAUGCCAGAGCAAAUUAACGAGUUGCGGGAAAUGAUGCAAGGCAUCACUACUUUGUUGCAACAACAAAGCCGUGAGCAACGACCAAGUGUAGAACAAACGGCCGCGAGUGUAGAAACUGCAACUACCCCGGUAUCAAUGGUAGAUUCUUCGAGUGCAAGGUGUUCGGUGAAAGAGAUUGCUGAAACUUUACCUACCUUUGAUCCAACGAAUGAACUUUCUUUGCCGGUUGAAAAAUUUGUAGAACGUGUUAAUCAAGCGCAUAGUGCCUAUCAGUGGAACGAAAGAAGUUUAAUGCUAGCAGUUUUUAGCAAGUUGAAAGGUGUUGCCAAACUAUGGUUAGAUGCUUCACCAGAGUGUUACUCGAAUUGGACAAUUUUCGCGGAAAGGUUAAUAGAAGAAUUCGGUACUAAGCCAAACGAGGCAGAGAUACAUUACAAAAUGAACAGUUCGGUGCGUAAAUUUGAUGAAAAAGUCGUGGAAUAUUGUUUUCGUAUGAGUGCCAUUGGGCAGCGAUAUAAUUUGAGUGAAUCAGCGAUUAUAAAAUAUACGCGGAACGGAUUACGAAAUCGGGAACUGCAAACGGCAAUUGCUCCAAUGCGAUUUGAUUCGAUGAGACACUUGCGCGAAACGCUUGACGAGUAUGAUAAAAAUCGUAAUAGUACUCCAGGUUUGAAGUUUGAACAAAACAAAAAUAGAAACACGAAUAAUGACGGGAAUAAAGGUAGCGCUGAGAAUAAAAGUAAGAUAAAGUGUUAUAAUUGUUUUGAAGAAGGUCAUAUAGCGACCAGAUGUUCUAAGCCACUACGAAAAGCGCAGUAUGGUGAUGGUCAGAAAGUUGACCCGAAGGUUGAGGCUGUGGAGCGUAAUAAGAGAAAUUCUACAAUGACAAACCGUAAAGUCGAGUGCGAUGAGGAAUUUUGUAUUAAACUGGUGUAUGUUAAAAAUCAAGCAAUAAAAGCAUUCGUGGACACAGGAAGUGAAUGCAGCAUGAUACGGAAAUCAUGUGCUGAUAAAUUCGAAAUUGAAACAGAGCCUUGCGUGUUAAAAAUAAAGGGCAUAUGUGGAGGUGCGCGGUAUGCAAGUGAGUUGAUGAAAACUGAAAUAAAAAUUGACAGUGUAAAAGUAAAUGUAAUACUAUAUAUAGUGGAUGACGAGUUGUUAACGUCAGAUGUAUUGCUUGGAAAAGAGAUUUUCAAUCGGAAUAUUGUCGCGCACAUAAACAGUGGACAAUUGAAAUUCGAAUAUCUACCGAUCGCGGAAAAUCGAGAAACGACGGUAUCUGAACGCAAAGUUAUAAAUAAAAAUCAAAUAAUAUGUGGAGAACUUGAAAGUGCGCAGGGGGGAAAGCUAUUCAGACUGUUGAACGAGUACAAUGAUAUAUUUGCAAAUAAUAUCAGUGAGAUAGGACAGACAAAUGCAUUAUCCAUGAAAAUUAAGUUAGAUACUAAUGUACCUAUUGCACAAAACCCAUACCGUAUACCAGAGCCGAAGAAAGUGUUGGUUCAACAGAUGAUUAGAGAGUUAUUAGUUAACGAUAUAAUAGAAAUGUCAGAAUCUGAAUAUGCGAGUCCAAUUGUACUCGUGAAAAAGAAAAAUGGAGAAUCGAGAUUAUGA